CAGUUGGGUGGGCACAACGCGUAAGAAUUGGGACGAUCAAAAGCUUUAUUUCUCUCUUUGUUUCCAUACAAACCAGAGAAGACGACUAUUCGAUCUAUUCCGAUCCGAUCAGAGAUUCUAAUUAAGUUUGCUUUUCGACCGUUUGGACCGUUUGAUCUAGCGCCAUGAGUUUUCUCUGGGGAAAGCGAAAAACUCCAGCAGAACUUCUGCGGGAAAACAAGAGAAUGCUGGACAAAUCAAUCAGAGAAAUAGAAAGGGAGAGGCAAACUCUUCAGUCGCAAGAGAAAAAAUUAAUUCAAGAGAUAAAGAAAAGUGCCAAGCAAGGGCAAAUGGGAGCUGUGAAAGUUAUGGCGAAAGACCUCGUUAGAACGAGACAUCAGAUUGAAAAGUUUUACAAGCUCAAAUCACAACUUCAGGGAGUAUCUCUUAGAAUCCAGACUUUGAAAUCCACACAAGCAAUGGGAGAGGCAAUGAAAGGUGUGACAAAGGCAAUGGGGCAAAUGAAUAGACAGAUGAACCUGCCAUCACUACAGAAAAUUAUGCAAGAGUUUGAGAGGCAGAAUGAGAAGAUGGAGUUAGUAUCUGAAGUGAUGGCUGAUGCAAUCGAUGAUGCUUUGGAAGGAGAUGAGGAAGAGGAGGAAACAGAUGAAUUGGUAAACCAGGUGCUCGACGAGAUUGGAAUUGACGUCAACCAAGAGCUUGUUAAUGCGCCAUCAGCAACUGUUGCUGCACCAGCUGCUAAGGCCAAAGUUGCUCAAGUGGAAACAGCAACAGCAGGGCCCGAAGACGGUGGCAUAGACAGUGAUUUACAGGCGAGGUUAGAUAAUUUAAGAAGGAUGUAGUAUUUCCUUCAUGGCUUGUAUACUAUUCAUAUACUUUUCUUUCUACUAUUGUGAAAAGUGAGAAUUCAGCUGGACCCAUUUAUAGUAUCUGUGAUUAUUCAAGAAUGUGUGGAUUCAGGGUUUGGAACAUGGAAAUCUAAUAAGAUUACAUUUGAUGAUUAAA